GCGCCGCGGGGCCGUGCGGGUGCGGAGCGGGGCUCGGCCGUGCCGCCGCGCAGCGUCACUGGGAUGGGGCUCGGAGGGGAGCCCGGCGUCGCCCGCGCGCUUCUGGACGGAGGGAGCCCCUCUUCGGCGCAGGGCAGCUGAACCCGCUCGCCGCCGAGCGGAUCGCCGGGACGGGAUUCUUUCAAUUCGCAGGAACGCCGCUUCCUCGUGCGGAGCGCGGCCGUCGGCCGUGGAUGUUACAGUAGCUUCCCGCGGACGCGGGGCGGCCGGGCGGCUUUGGCCGUCGGGGAGGAGCCGGGCCCCGCGGCGUGCGAUGGAUUGAGGCGCGCCCGCCGCGGCCCCAUCGAUGCGAUGGGAAAUCGGGGGCUGCUCUGCACGCUCUGCUCCCUGGUGCUGCACGCGCCGCUGCUGCUCGGCGUCACCGCCACCUUCACCGAAGUUCCCAAAGAUGUGACUGUUAGGGAGGGAGACGAUAUCGAGAUGCCUUGCGCUUUCCGAGCCAGCGGAUCCACCUCUUACUCCUUGGAGAUCCAGUGGUGGUACCUCAAGGAACCGGCUCGAGAACUCGCACACGAACUGGCCGUCAGCAUCCCUGGCAGCAGGAGCAAGGUGGCGAACAAGGACGCGACGAAGAUCAGCACGGUCCGCGUGCAGGGCAACGACAUCUCGCACCGGCUGCGGCUGUCGGGCGUGCGGCGGCAGGACGAGGGCGUCUACGAGUGCCGCGUGGCGGACUACAGCGACGACGAGACGCAGGAGCACAAGGCCCAGGCGCUGCUGCGCGUCCUGUCCCGCUUCGCUCCGCCCGACGUGCAGGCGGCCGAGGCGGUGUCCCACAUCCAGAGCGGGGCGGCCCCUCGCCGCCACGGCC